GAGAAGAAUCAUCAUUCUGGAAGUAUCCCUCCUGAUGGUACAGCGCUACCAGAUCCUGAAUUUCGUUCCGUCAAACGAGGAAACCCUGAUACAUAUUUAGACAGUGUGCCGACUAAUACACAACAUUGGAGUCUUCCCUCAGGAAAAUUUGUCGAGGAAAUUUAUGAAGAAGGAAUUAGGAUGGCAAUCGAGCCACAAACCAGUGCUGGGGCACAGAAUGAUCACAAGCGGAUAAAGAAGAAUAAGAAUGUUGCGGACCUUCCUGAUGACCAAACACACUCGAAAAAACCUCUCAUGGAGUCCCAUCAGAAUCAUAAUUCGACAUCUAAUCUUUUUACUAAAUUUAAUUGUGAAGAAGAUGUAGAUAUUGAGUCUGAAUAUUAUGAUGCCAGGAAACGGCAUAAGAUUUUUUAUUCAUGGGAAGAUGUAAUUGAUAAGGUUGAUUUCCGAGACACUUCUAAAGAGGAUUGGAUUGUUGAAAGCUACAAUCUCUCUAAUGAGUUCCGGAACUUUCAACAGCUAACAAUUCGACAGGUCAAAGAAACCCCGUAUUUAUGUUAUAAACAAGACAUUCAAAAAAUUCUUUGCCUUUCGAAUAUAAUGUUCAUCGAACGUACAAAACCUUCAUAUCUCACCGUCACUUCAGCAAUUUGGAACAAAAUUUUUCGAAGACAAUUACCUCCGAGUCUGCCACCAGUAGUGAAUAAUAUGGCUCUCGAAUAUUCUUCCAUGUUGAAUUCUUUUACAUUAUUGAGUGAUAUUCAGGACGUAUGGUGUGCUAAUUUUUCCAAAGUUGCAGAAUUGAAUGAUCAAGACAAGGACAAAUUUUGUCAGGCUCAAAUCAUUUUUCGAAACUUUUUAUUACUGAGUUCGAAAGGCGUGAAUAGCAAUAAUGAGGACACCUUUGUCCAUGAAACUUUGCACGACCUAUUUAAAGAAAUUUUCCACGAUUCAAUGUUUGAGUUGAUAUGGGCAAACAGCGAGAGCUCCGUUUCAAAAAAUCGCCGUUCUAGCAGUUCUAGCGAUAAGGAAAAUUUUCGAGGUAAAAAACCCGAUUUCAAAAUUUUGACCAAUACAAGAGAUGAGAUUCUUUUUGGUGAAGCUAAACCGAAAGAUUCAUCAUCUAUAUUGAUCAAUAAAGAUUUUGUUAAGCUUUCCAACUUCCAAGCAAAUGCCUUAGACGAAUUAGUCAAGAGAUAUGGAAACAGGAUUGGAUUAGUUUCUUUCGGUAUUUGGGUUUGCGGCGCACGUAUUCGCGUCUAUGAGAUGGAUAUAAAUUAUGACGGAAUUUAUAGAAUGUUCUUAACAGCAAAUGUAUUUACUCCAACGGAACAGGGGCAAUUUUUAAGUUUGGUACCAGUGUUGGAAACAUUAUAUAAUGUCAAAGACCAUAUUUCCGAAACAUUGGAAGUAAUCGCUUCUAGCACGCCACCUAGUCCGUCACGUUCUACUUAUUGCAGAAUGUCCAUCUCCUCACCUAAAUCUGUCAAGAUUGCGAUUAUUGGCCUACCAUCAAAAUAA